AAUCGACGAUGUCCUGGACAAAAUCCAGUCCAGUGAACGGAUAGCGAAUGUGCGGGCGUGUUUUUGUCGUUCUAUAUACACUUUGUUGCAACAAAAUCAACAAAAUUCCACUUUUAUUUGGAUUAUUGCUUUCUUAGAGCAACACGACUUGCAGUGGGAGGAAAAAAAGGGGGAAGAGGGAAAGUGUAGUGAUGGUGUGAGGGUGAAGACGGGAAGAAAGACGCGAUGGGCGUCCCGGGACAGACGGACGACGCAUACAGCAUACCGUUCUUAGCCAGGCUGCUCCACUCGCUGCCCCAUUACAAUGUCAAUUUCCACCAGGUCAACAGCUCCUUCGAUCCCGAUUCCACCAUCUAUCUCGAGAGUUUGGGCAUUUUGGGCUCAAUACCAGCGGCAUGGCUGAUCUUUACACUCCUAGUUUUGCUGAUAUAUCUUCUGACAAGAUGCUGCGACCGAAAACCACGCCCUUCCAAAUCAAUUUCCGCAUUAAAAGUGACCCUCGCCAUCACCUCCGUGUUGUGUUGCGCCGCUGUGGGUUUAGGUCUUUACGGCAACGACGAUCUCCACAACGGUGUUGUACAACUUCUUCAACAAGGCAAACAAGUUGAUCUUCUGGUCUCCAAAAUCAGAAACCAAACGCAGUCGAUUGAGACGCAAUUAAGGUUGCAGGCCGGAAGUCAGUUAACGAAUCUGCAGAACAUCUUCGACGAGCCUGUCAAAAACAUAACCAUCUACAAACAGGCGGAGAUGUAUUUAAAUUUUUUGAUUAAAAACAACUCGAUGGCUGCGAACGCGGCGGCGGACAUUCGUCAACCUCUCGUCGGCUUGGAUCUGUCACCGAAAAUUGACUUUUUCCAGAAGAUCGAGGUAAUAAGAUGGCCUUUUACCAUGGCAGUUUUGAGCGUCCUACUCGUUCUGUGCGUCGUUUUGCUGGUCGGUGUAGCAAGGCACAAUCGUUGCGCUUUAAUUGCCUUCUCCGUCUGUGGAUUGUUGGCUGUUAUUGCUUCCUAUUUGAUGGCCAGCGUAUACAUCGCAUCCAGCGUUGCGCUAGGUGAUUUAUGCAUGGCUCCCGACAAAUUUAUCGAAGAUCAGGCCUCGACAGAUCUUUCGAAAGAAAUUCUCCGUUAUUACACGAAUUGUGAACGCGCACGCGCCAACCCAUUCACUCUACGGCUGCGCGAAGCGAAAAUGACGAUAGAUUUUAUGCGCAACAAUUUGAACAACCUGAAAUCUCCCGCCACUACUCUAUUCCCACGUAAAAAUCUAGAAACAAGAUUCAACGCUCUGAGAAACGAAAUAAACUCUGCAGACAGCACCAUUACCAGUUUGACAGCAUUGGUCGAUUGCAGGGCGUUGCAUACACAUUAUUUGAGGGGCGCGAGGGCCCUUUGCAACGUAGGCUUGUUGGGAUUGACUCUGAUGCUGGUCUCUGCUGUUUUGGCCGGACUGCUUUUGACUGCCUUGGUUUGGGUCGAUAGUCACACUUGGAUCUAUAUCAGGAAGAAGAAAGAUUACCAGCAAGUGAACGAGACGGACCCGUAUCUCCCUCCACCGGCAGCGAGUCAAGCGAUUGCGGCAAGGACGCUGCAAAGGAGUCAAGGGUCAGCGAGCGUUUAUCCGCCAGAUACUCCCCCGCCCAGCUAUACGUCCGCCCUAUUGCACCAGGGCGGUGGAGCGAAGCCGCUUGGCUCGUCGCCCCAGCCCUCCGCGCCCGUUCCCCCUGUACCGCAUGAGGCCCACGACACCCUGCUAUUGGACGGAUGCGAUAUGAGACCGAGCGAACACCAUAGAGGUGCACACAUGUCCCAUUUGAGGGGCCACACGUUGGGACGAUUACCGUCCCACCAUCACGAACCCACGUACGCUGGUCCCAACAACGGCAAGUACGCCACACUCAGCAAACAAUGCAAGACGUUAGAAAGCUCGGACUUUUACUGAGACAGGUCUGCCUGCAAGGAAUUCCCAAACUUCAAAGGUUUCAAGUUCGAUCCUCGCCAAUCGGAGCAGCAACGCGCCGAUGCGAACGCACAACGCACCGCCACCUUGGGUAAAUACGCUUCGUUGGGGCGCCGCCCCUUGCCCCAGACACCGGACGAGAAAGCUCGUAAACAGCCCCCGGUACCGAAAGUGCCCGCCACCAUUUCGCAGACGGUGGAGACGCCCCUCAACCCCGCUAACUUCAGGUCGCUGCAGCGCGGCGCCUGGCAGGAGGGCGUCAGCAGCACUUUCCAUCCCGGUACGCAAUUCAGGAGCUUGCAGCGGAGCGCCGUGAACACGGGACCGGGACAACAGUUCCGACCCGCCAAGAUCCAGGAUCAGGCGCACGAGGCGAUGUACGCGAACAGCGAGAGCGAACGGCAGCUUUAUGCUGUAACCGAAUUGUAAAUUUGAAUAUUAUUUUUAGUUUAUAUUUGGGAAAUGCAGGCAGGACCGCCAUAGGAUGGUACUUUUUGUUUUUUUUUAGAAUAUUUCUCUUUUAUUUUGAUUUGUUAGACGGAGUCACAGUACUUCGUCCAUGUUUAGGUUAUCGUUGGAGGAACUAAUCAUUGCGAAAACUGUACACAUGUGUGGGGCAUCUUCUACUAGUUUGUUUAUGUUUAGGAAGAUUCAGAAUUUCCACGGCGACACACUCCAGGAAUGACACGAGUGUGGCUCUGUUUUAAUCUGUGAUCAAGUUUAUUUGAUGGACGUUGCCCGAUGUAGUGUAUAUCUAAUUUAUAUAUUUGAGCACUUUUAUAGAGCAAUUUUCUACUCCAUAACUUGACCAUACCAGUUUUCCUUGUUAAAAGAGCACAUUCCAAAAAGAAAAAGGACGAACGAAUACUCAAAAAUCACCGACUGAUUGUGAUCUGAAUUUUUCGUGUUUGUGCCAAAACAUGUUUAGAACAAACAGAUUUAUUAAAACGACUGAAAAUGUAAAUUAUAAAGUAAUCUCUCUGGAUUAGGCACAAAUUUCAUAACACAAGGGAACAAGAGAAUUUAGAUUUUUUUCAAAAAAAAAAAAAAAAAUAUUGCUCACAAUGUUCCGUGUCAAGUAACUUUUGAUAUGCUGCCAAGUGAGGGUGGUUGAAAGUACAAUUUCACAAUAAUAUGCAUUUACAUAUAUUUAAAAACAUUAUUUGAGACUUUUAUUAUAUUCGUAUUUUUAAUAAUAUCAUCUUCGUAACAUACAUAUAUACAUAUACACAUAUAUAUAUAUAUAUAUAUAUAUAUAUAUAUAUAUAUAUAUAUAUGUGCAUAUGCAUUUUUAUAGUGUACUCUAGUGUAAUUUCAAAUUUCGAAACAGUCUGUGAAACCCAAAUUUUGUGCCAUAAAUUAACAAAAAACGAACGGAUUGUUUCGGAAAUAAAAGAAAAAUAUUCGGUGUUCUGAUAUCGUUUAAGGAACUCCGACCGUUUUACAAAAUAGGAAAAAAAGUAAUUUUUGUAGGGCCAUCCUCAAAAAUUACGCGAUUUAGACUCUGUUUUAUAUAUAUGACUAGUAACAAAUUUUUAGCAGUGUUUUUUGAGCUGGCCCAAUUAAGUGUAUUUUUCAUCAUCCACAAACCAGUUUUUUACAAUACACUUUACGAAAUUUUAAUUUUUCGUAUGCGAUUUGAAGUCGUCGUAAUAUAUAUUGUACAUUAUUAUUAUUAUUAUUAUUAUUAUUAUAACUAAAUUUUAAAGGAUAACUGCCAAAGACUUGAUUGAAUUGAUGCUUGAGUUUGUGUGAAAGCAUGGUUGAUUGGUUGACUGAUUCUAUGCAGAACUACAGAAAUUCAAACAAUAAAAAUUCUUCUGUUCACCGUGUAGAUAUUACUGUGUAUCUUUACGAUAAAUAAAUGUUUAAAUAAAUCAGAUAAGUACGUUUUUCGAUUUUAAUUUUGGUUUGUGAACCAUUUUAUUUUGUAGUAUUUCGUACAUCGAUUGUUUCAGGCCUGUGAAAUGAGAAAUAUUUUUUUAUUUUUUAUUAAACUGUUAUUUGAAUAUGUAUUAUGCUUUAAAACAAUAUUUGUAUAUUACGGUUUCGUGUAUUAUAUACGAAAUAAAUACCACACCAUAUUUAUUUGUACUGUUUAGGUUUAUGAAAGAAAAUAUGUUGUCAUUGUAUUAUAGUAAGUUUAUGUAAUGAAAUAUUCUUUCUCAAAUAAAAGCGAUUAUUUGUCAAA